AUGUCCCGUCUUUACCAUAUCUACAACCUCCUAAUUCUAAUAACUAUUCUCUGUCUAUCAACCACACGGGCCGAAUCAGUGGAACCCACAGACCUGCCCGUGCCACGAUCGGCCUGGCAUCCAAGUGGAGAGAUCAAGACCACAGAUCGACAAUCACUUCAAGCACUCACAGAGGAAGCAACAACGACAAUACGCCGACGAACAAUAGUCACAGCAUCAACCUCCACAACAGGAAUGCCCAAGCCCUUCGACACACUUUCCUACAAUUUCGCAAACUCAACCACCUGCAUCGACUUCUUCACAAAAUGGCGCGCAAACACAACAAUCUCAAACUGCAAUGCCAUCUCCCUGCUAAUCGAGAACUCAAACGCCUUCUUCCACGCCCUAAGCUCAGCAGCCGCCACCUCCCUCAUCCUAGAUACAUCCUGUUCGGCAGAUGUCUCACAAUGCGCAUCGAUCAUGACCGCUCUCGCAGCCGAUCUCCUCAAACCAGAUAACUGCGGCGACGACUAUGAAAACGGUAACUCCGUCGUCAAGGGCACGUAUCGCGAUCUCGUCGCUUACGAACCAAUGUACCGUGCUAGUUGUCUCACGAACCCUUCGACCAAGGACUACUGCUUCGUCGACGCGGUGUCGAAUUCAACAGUACCCGAUGACUACAGUGUCUACCUCAUGCCACUGGGUACCCCGCUUACCAGCGGGGCUGUGCCGACUUGCAAUAAGUGUUUGAAAGCGACUAUGGAGUUGUUUUCUGGGUGGGCGAGACGGGAUGGUCAGUCUCUUGAUUUGACUUAUCUUCCCUCGGCGAAGAUUGUUAAUACGCAUUGUGGGGAUGGCUUUGCGGCGACUAAUAUCACCGUUGGUUCGGCGGAUGUCAGGGCUGGGGCGGGUCUUGCUGUUCCCUUGCCCAAACUUGGAAUUGUUACUGUCAUGACUUUGGUUCUUAGUGUCAUGCUGACAGGCUUUUGA